CAAAAGCGGUACAAUGCAGCGCGGCAGCGCAAGCAGCGCAAGUUGAAGAAGGCGAAGCGGGCGUCGGCGCCGCGGCCGAGCGGGUGGCAUGACGCCGACAUCGAUAGCGAAGCCGAGGCGGAGCGUGACGACAUGCCUGCGACCGAUGGUACGCCUUCGGCGGCUGCCACAACGCAAGACGAGCGCGAGAAACGACGGGCGGAGAAGGCGGCGAAGCGCGACGCACGCCGGCUGGAGCGGCGAGCGGCGCGGGCGGCGGAACGCGAGGCGCGCGCCGCACGCGCCAAGGCGCAGGCGGAGCGCGCGGCGCGGCGGGAAGCUGAGCCCGCUGGCGACGAGACGCAGGCAGACCUCGAGCUCGCGGAGGGCGAGGAGGAGGAGAGCGACGCCGAGCCCGACGAGCCCGACGUCCCGGACCUGCCGGCGCGCCUGUCGCCGCCGCCCCUCGAGCCGUUCCCUUUGCCGCGUAUGGCGCCGGCGCCGGCGCCCGACCUGCUGAGCCGGCAGGGCCUGCCGUCCGGCCUCGCGGACGCGACGUUCGUGGACCAGGCGGCGCGUGCGCCGCUCUCCGACGUGCCGCUCUCGGAGCGCACGGCGCGCCGGCUCGCCGAUCUUGGCGUGGACGCUCUUUUCGCCGUCCAAGCCGCGCUCCUCCCGCACCUCCUCGCCCUCCCCCUCGUGCCGCGUCCGCAUGCGCGCCUCCCCGACUUCCUCAUCUCCGCGCCGACAGGAUCAGGCAAGACGCUCGCGUACGCCGUGCCCGUAGUGGAGGUGUUGGCGCGCCGCGUCGUGCCGCGCUUGCGCGCGCUCAUCGUCCUUCCGACGCGCGACCUCGUCGUGCAAGUGCGCGAGACGCUCGAGUCGCUCGCGAAGGGCACGGGGUUGCUUAUCGGGAGCGUGACGGGCCAACACUCGUUCGCGCACGAACAAGCGCAGCUCGUCGGCGCGGGGGACACGCUCGGCGGCUUGUCCAAGCUCGACAUCCUCGUCGCGACGCCCGGGCGCCUGAUGGACCACCUCGCGUCCACGCCCAACUUUACGCUCCAGCACCUCCGCUUUCUCGUCAUCGACGAGGCGGACCGCCUCCUCACGCAGAGCUUCCAGAACUGGCUUGCGCAGGUGUUGGCACAUACGCGGCCGACGGCGCGCGCGGCCGCCACGCAGCCGCACGAUGCGGUCGCGGCCUCGUGGGCCGUGCCGCUGGGCCUGGCGAGCGAAGCAUUCGAGGGCUCCGAGCCCCCGGCUAGUACAUGCCAAAAGCUGCUGUUCUCCGCCACGCUCACGCGCGACCCCGCAAAGGUCGCGGCACUCGACCUCAACGACCCCAGGUACUUCAUCGUCCAGAACACCGAGCAACCGCUCUCCGCCGCCGCCCUCGGAUCGAGCUUUGCCCUGCCGGCCGAACUCAGCGAGAAGGUCCUCAUCCUCCCGCCCGCGCUCAAGCCGCUCAACCUCAUCCACCUGAUCCACUCCUUCAACGCCACCCCCGCACUCGUGUUCACGAAGAGUGUCGAGGCCGCUACGCGGCUCGUCAAGCUCCUCGAGUUCUUCGAGGACGCAUACAUCGGCGAAAAGAAGGUGACGGUGCGCGCGUACACGCGCGACAUGGCGCCGGCGGAGCGCCGCCGGCUCCUCAAAGAGUUCGCGGACGGGAGCGUCGACGUCGUCGUGUGCUCUGACCUCGUCGCGCGCGGCAUCGACCUGCCGACGGUCGAGCACGUGGUGUCCUACGACGUGCCCCUCGACAUGACCAAGUACGUCCACCGUGCCGGCCGGACUGCGCGUGCGGGACGCGCGGGCACGGCGUGGACGCUGGUGGAGAAACAGGAGGCGCUGCACUUCAAGGCUAUGCUCAAGGGCGCGCAGCACGAGGCGCAGGUCAAGAAAGUCAAGGUCAAGGAGGACGAGCUGGCAGGAUACCGCGAGAGCUACGAUAUUGCGAUGCGCCGUCUGCGUGAGGAAUACGGGCGUGAUUAGGGACAGUAGAGUUACUAGACAUGGAGUGUACAGGUAUACCUGAUGUGAGCGGGUAUUCGCGGGUGCACUAACAAAUGCGGGUAGUCUGUCCGCUGGUGCGCCGCUGGUGCUGAUGAAUCAUUCGUCG